AUGUUCUAUCAACUUAUUCUAGCAUUAUCGGUGAUUGCCGUUGCCGGUGCUGACGGCUGUGCCCAGCUCAUUGCCAAGUACCGGGCUACCCCCGUUGCCUACCCGUUCCCGUACCACCACGGCCCCCACCAAGGGGAGAUCCGCUACGAGCUGGGCCCCAAAUUUGCCAGUGUCUACGAGCUUGUACGUUUCGAAUUGGGCGGCAAAUAUGCCGUGGAAGACGGCAAAGUGGUGCUUACUAACGGCAACAGUGCUCCCUUAGUGCUUUCGCCAGCUGCGGCUGAGGACCAGUGGGGCCCCCCAGAAGGGUGGCAGCAGCGGUUUGCCUCGCAGGAUAGCGACGCCAAUGACGACGGAUUUGACUGGGACGACGACGGCAUCGACGACGAGUUGGUGGACGAUUUCCUCCGCUCGUACUGCUCAGUCACCCACGAGCAGUAA